AUGUCUCGAGAGACGGAUGCAGAGAGUCAACAGUCCCACAGCAGCACCUCCCCUCAGGCUCACGCCAGUGGUGUCUCUUCACAAUCCCAAGGUGGCUUCACUCAGUCCCAAGUCCUCUCCCCACAAUCCCACGGGUCCUCACAGUCCCAAGGCACAUCCAGCUCUUCUACCAGCACGGCACCCACCUCCAGCCAGUCCUCUCACUCCAGCUCCGGGACGCUAAGCUCCUUAGAGACAGUGUCCACUCAGGAACUCUAUUCUAUUCCCGAGGACCAAGAACCCGAGGAACCUGCCCCUGCCCCUUGGGCUCGAUUAUGGGCCCUCCAGGAUGGGUUCACCAAUCUAGAGUGUGUUAAUGACAGCUACUGGUUUGGAAGGGAUAAAAGCUGUGACUAUUGUUUUGAUGAACCACUGCUGAAAACGACAAAUAAAUACCGGACGUAUAGCAAGAAGCACUUCCGGAUUUUCAGGGAAAUGGGUCCUAAAAACUCUUACAUCGCCUACCUAGAGGAUCACAGUGGGAACGGAACCUUUGUAAACACAGAACUUGUAGGGAAAGGAAAACGCCGUCCUUUGAGUAACAAUUCUGAAAUUGCUCUUUCACUAUGUAGAAAUAAAGUUUUUGUAUUUUUGGAUCUGACUGUAGAUGAUCAGUCAGUUUAUCCUAAGGAGUUAAGAGAUGAGUACAUCAUGUCAAAAACUCUUGGAAGUGGUGCUUGUGGAGAGGUAAAACUGGCUUUUGAGAGGAAAACAUGUAAGAAAGUCGCCAUAAAGAUCAUCAGCAAAAGGAAAUUUGCUAUUGGCUCUUCGAGAGAGGCAGAUCCAGCUCUCAAUGUUGAAACUGAAAUAGAAAUCUUGAAAAAACUAAAUCAUCCUUGCAUCAUCAAGAUUAAAAACUUUUUUGAUGCAGAAGAUUAUUACAUUGUUUUGGAAUUGAUGGAAGGAGGAGAGCUCUUUGACAGGGUGGUGGGGAAUAAACGGCUGAAAGAAGCUACCUGCAAACUCUAUUUUUACCAGAUGCUCUUGGCUGUACAGUACCUUCACGAAAAUGGCAUUAUACAUCGGGAUUUAAAGCCAGAGAAUGUUCUACUGUCAUCUCAAGAAGAGGACUGUCUUAUAAAGAUUACUGAUUUUGGGCAGUCCAAGAUUUUGGGGGAGACCUCUCUCAUGAGAACUUUAUGUGGUACCCCCACUUACUUGGCUCCCGAGGUUCUUCUUUCCAUUGGAACUGCCGGGUAUAACCGUGCUGUGGACUGCUGGAGUUUAGGAGUUAUUCUUUUUAUCUGCCUUAGUGGGUAUCCACCUUUCUCUGAGCAUAAGACUCAAGUGUCACUGAAGGAUCAGAUCACCAGUGGAAAAUACAACUUCAUUCCUGAAGUCUGGGCAGAUGUUUCAGAGAAGGCUCUGGAUCUCGUCAAGAAGUUGUUGGUUGUGGAUCCAAAGGCACGGUUUACGACAGAAGAAGCCUUAAGUCACCCGUGGCUUCAGGAUGAGGAUAUGAAGAGAAAGUUUCAGGAGCUACUGGCCGAGGAAAAUAAAUCAAUCGCUCUAUCCCAAAUCCCAACCCAGCCUUCCACUAGUCAAAAGCGGCCUCUGGAAGGGGAAGCCGAAGACACAGAGUCCUCAAAGCGCCGGGCUGUGUGUAUGGCUAUGCUGUGAACACUGGACUGAACCUGAAGAAAUGUACUUCUUUCACUCUGCUGUCAUCUUCCUUUUCUUUAAAUCUUUUUAUUUUUAAUCAUUUGUAUUUUAAUUAUGGGAAUAAUUGCUU